AUGCAUCCCCCCCGCUCCUCGGUGUGGGCGUCGUCGACCUGCUCGACCUUGCUCAAGGACUCUGCCGACGCGGAGGUCGUCUACAGCAACCCGGCGCUCGCCAGCAAACCAGCCCUCUACGAGGUACUCGCGUCCAUCUCAAGCCGCGAUCACACGAGGUUCUGGGACUGGAUCACCGCCCAGGACGUCAACCCGUCGCAGUCUUUCCUGUACAACAACCACUUUUGGACUCGGAACCCCGUGCUUUCCAAGUGGGUGGUUGUGAGUUCCAACGACUUCCCCACCUCGCCAGAGCCGCCUAGGAAGGUACGCCUCGACACGUCGGGAGGAAGAGAACCUAGUAGCGGGAUACUGCACUCGCAGACUUUUACUGUCCCAUCCGCAUCCUCGCCAGACCCCUCCGAAGAGGAUAUCCUGUCUCACCCCCGAAUCGUUCGAGCCACUACUGAGCCGCCCUUGGUUCUGCCAGAGUUCAUGCCGGACCAGGAGCCUUUCCUCGACAUGGUCGAUAGUGUCGACUGGGAUGCAACGCCCCUCGGGCCUAUGGACCGAUGGCCGUCACUGCUUCAACACUCGUACAGCCAGAUCUUGUGUAACUCUCAGCCCACAGCCAUCUACUGGGGCGACAAGUUCACCACAGUCUACAACGAGGCGUAUGGAGAGAUGAUUGGAGCUCGGCACCCCGACCUGAUGGGCCGCUCCGUGACCGAGGUGUUCCCUGAGAUCGCAGACCAACUCAGAGAUAUGAUGGAGAACCCUGGGCAGGGUCGGCGGGCGAACAACGAGGAGGUGUUUCGAUUUUUCGUUGAACAGCGCGACGGUCCGCCCCUGGAGACGUACCUGAAAUGGUCCAUUGUUCCCGUUAUGCACAACGACGAGUGCCUCGGCUUCAUCCACCUGAUAUCAGACACGACUCUGUACCACCUUUUCCGCCGACGGAUCCAGAUGUUGGUGGACAUGGGCGAGGAGUUGGGUACUGCCAAGGACGUCAAGUCGUACUGGAGCAAGCUGAUUGAAGAGCUUUCGGAAUGCGAUCCUGCGUACGAUAUACCGCUCGCCAUGCUGUACUCGAUCGGGUGCGAUGGCUCGCCAGAUUCCGGAAGCGAGCCACGACACGAGUGUAAUUACGUUUGCCGUCUGGAGGGCGCUCUCGGGGUCCCGGCAGAUCACCCAAUCAUGCCUCAAACCCUUCGACUAAAAGAAACCGACGCAGGUCUGGCGCCGCAGUUCCGAGCUGCACUACGCAACGAGGAACCUUUGAUAAUCAGCACAUCCGACGGCAGUUUACCGAUAGAACUGCUGACCGGCUUGCAGUGGCGUGGUUUCGGCGACCCUUGCAAGGCCGCCAUCGUCCUGCCUAUCCGGCCCACCAAGGAGGAGGAGGUCAUGGGGCUUUUGGUGCUGGGCCUCAACCCCCGACGGCCUUAUGAUGAUGCCUAUACACUCUACAUACAGCUUCUUGCACAGAAGCUUGCAACCUCGCUGGCAUGUACGGUCUUGCUGGAGGAGGAAAGGCGCCGCGGAAGAAAUGCUGCGGAACAAGCUGCUUACGACCAGGCCAUGUUGAAAGAGAAGCUGGCGUAUCAGACAAAGGAGGCAACGGAGUACACACGGCUAUUCCAGACAGUUUCCGACUUCAUCCCCAACGGCUUCUCGAUUGGUGACCACCAAGGAAACAUCACCUUUGCGAACGGCCUUUGGUACCGCAUAACAGGAUACCCCGAUUCGACGGCGAAGGACGGAGGUUCUUUCUCCUGCGUGUUGGAAGAGGACCGAGCGAAGAUUCGUGAGGCGUACAAAGAGCUGCAAACAAAAGAUGAGGUCGAAUUCGAGUUCCGUGUGCGAGGGACCGAACACACGAAUAACAUGUUAACACGGAGAUCCCCUUUCAAAGCCGACUUGUAUAGCGACCUGGACGACAAGAUGGAGAGAUACGUCAUGGCCCAGGCCAAGGCGGAACGAGCUACGGACGGAACCAUCAUCCGAACCUUUACCUGUCUUACGGAUGUCACUGCCCACAAGCGGACAGCCGACGAAGCGACCCGACGAGCCCAACAAGCGGAGAACCUGAAGAGAAUGGCCGAGCUUGCCACCGUCGGAAUGUUCGACAUGGAUACCGGAGGACGUCUUCUGGGCGCAAACAACGUCUUCUUCGAACUGUGCGGCAUAAGCAAGGUGGAUCCCAUGGAGCAUGAGGUGCGGCCGUGGGAGGUGUCGGUCGUCCAAGACGACCUACCAAAUCUAAGCGAGAGCGUCACCCGGCUCGUGUCUGAGAAGAAGCCCCAGACGGCCGAGAUCCGUCUGAAAACCACCUGGACGGCCGAAGACGCGGGGGGGAACCAGAUCACAGCGCCGCGAUGGGUAAACGCCACAUUGAUGCCGGUGUGCAAUUCGGAUGGCAUUGUUCAAUCAUUCACUGGAUGUGUCAGCGACGUCUCGUUACAGAAGUGGCAGCUCGAAUUGGAGACCCAGCGAACCGAGGAAGCGAUUGACUCGAAGCGGCAGCAGGACAACUUCAUCGACAUGACGUCCCACGAGAUGCGAAACCCGCUCAGCGCCAUCGUCCAUUGCUCCGACGCCAUCAUUGCCUCUCUUGCGAGAUGCGAGGAGCUCGUCAACCGGCCGCUCAGUCCGAUGGUCCACAAAACGCCCGACGAGAGCAGCGACAAGCACUUUGAUGUGAAGCAGCUCCUCUCGGACAGCAUCGAGAACGCCGAGACCAUUGUUGCCUGUGCGCAGCAUCAGAAGCGGAUCGUGGACGACAUCCUGACCAUGUCCAAGUUGGACUCGAAGCUCCUGGCCGUCACUCCCUGCACAGUCAACCCGGUGCAGAUUGGAGAAGAGGCCAUCAAGAUGUUCGACGUCGAGGCGCGCCGUGUGGAUAUUGACCUGAAGAUGACUGUCGACAAGUCCUACAAGGAGUUGGGCCACGUCUAUCUCGACCUCGAUCCGUCUCGCGUCAAGCAGGUGCUCAUCAACCUGCUCACCAACGCUCUCAAGUUCACGAAAUCCGGCUCAAUCCGGAACGUCUCGGUCUGCAUGAAAGCGUCCCGGGAACGGCCGACCGACGAGACGUCCCCGGUAACGUUCAUCCCCCGAUCCUGCAAGGAGGAGCUGGAGUAUGAACAGCCUGCCCUCGAUGGUCGCAGAGACCCGGUGUACAUCAUGUUCGAGGUCAAGGACACCGGCCAGGGUCUGUCCGAAGACGAGAAGUCCAACCUCUUCAACCGAUUUGUGCAGGCGAGCUCGCGGACGCAUGUCAAGUAUGGCGGGUCAGGACUCGGGCUGUUCAUUUCGCGGCGCUUGACGGAGCUGCAGAAGGGGGCCAUCGGCGUGUCCAGCUUACCAGGGGUGGGUUCCACAUUCGCCUUCUUCAUCGAGGCAUACGUGCCGACCGAAGCGUCACGGAAGGAAGCCGAGUCUGCGGCCGCGGCUGUCAGGAUGGCGACUCUGGCCACUGCAGCCAGCACCCCACUCACCGUCCCCCGGGUCAGAGCCCCCACGAACGAUCAAAGAACACCUGGCUCGCGGCGAAAACGCCCGAGCCACGACCCCCGGCUCGAUGGUAUCCUAAUCGUGGAGGAUAACCUGAUUAACCAGCAAAUCACCCGCCGGGGUCUGCAGGAUAGGGGGUUCACCGUCGACGUGGCCAACCACGGGAUCGAGGCGUUGGAGAUACUGAUGCAGUCCAUGGCCCUGCAACACCAGGGGGAGCAGGAGUACUUUAGCCACAAUACCUCGGGCGCUGAGGCGCCUCCCCUGGCCAUCAACCUGAUCCUCAUGGACAUUGAGAUGCCGGUGCAGGACGGUCUGACGUGCACACGACGGAUCCGCGAGCUGGAGCGCGAGGGGAGGGUGUUUUGCGCCAGUGGUGGGAGAAUCCCCAUCAUCGCCGUCAGCGCCAACGCGAGGCCAGAACAGAUGCAAGACGCCAAGAACGCGGGGUGCGACGACGUGCUCGUCAAGCCGUAUCGGAUGCCGGAGCUGAUUGAGAAGAUGCAAGUGGUCGUCCGGCGGAUGGAGGGUCUCUCACCCGGCUCGCCUAUGCCGUGA